AUGACUACGAACGGUACUAAUGGUUUUGAAAUUGCUGAAAAAGGUGAUCAUCCGCCUCGGCAGUCUCAAGAGAAUCCCCCUGGGAAUUUUCAAGAGCUGCCGUUAGAUGGUGGUCAAAUUCGGAAAUCAUCGUCGACAGAUGGUGUUUCCAAAAACGUCGAAUUCAAUACACAAACAAAUGCGCACGAGUCGUGGGCUGACUUUCCAGAAUCAGACCAGAUGGAUACUGAUUCAUCUGAAUACCCAUCAGAAGAAGAAAACGAAGAAGGAAAGAUCUCCAAAGGUCCAUAUCAUGCUUUUAAAAACUUCAGUACUGAAGAAUACUUUACACCGGAAACCGCAACAAACAAAGUUGUGGACAAUACUACCCCAUCUCAAACUACACAAUCAAUUAAUCAAAACUCUACAACAUAUGCCUCAGUGGCAGCAAACUACAAAUCUAAUUAA